UUACAACCCCUCCCCCUCAAAACCAUCACAAAAUCAAAAACUAAAAUAUACAUAAAAAAAAAAAUCUCAUACAGAGAAAAUAGCAAUAUGUUGAAGACAGAAGACGAGUACCGUGAGGGCGGCGGCAAUGGGUGGGGCGCCGGAAUUUGCGAGGCAUGUGAGAGAUGUCCAGCAGAAUUCAUCUGCAAAGCAGACGCCGCAUCACUAUGUGCGGCGUGCGAUGCAGAGAUCCACUCGGCGAACCCCUUGGCUCGACGGCACCAACGCGUGCCGAUCAGCAGCGGUGGAGCCAUGUUUCGUAGCGUAGAGGAGGAAGAUGAGGAAGAGGCGGCUUCUUGGUUGCUGAUGAAUCCAGGGAAGAACAACAACGACAACAAAAACAAUAACAGCAAUAACAAUGGAAUGUUUUUGUUGGGUGGGGAAGAUGAGGACGAGGAAGAGGAUGAUGAUUAUUUGAAAUUUGUGGAGUUCAAUGGGAAUAAUGAAGAAGAUGAUGAAUUUGAAAGAUUGAAAAACAACAAUUAUGGUGGAGGAGGAGAUAGUGUUGUGCCUAUUGAUCAAUUUGAAGGAAAUAAGGAUCACCAUCAUCAUCUCCAUCAUCAUCAUGAACAACAACAACAAAAUCAUGAGAUAUUGUUGGAGCAAAGCUAUGGAGGGCUUGUUGAUGCUUCUGAAUUCUUUCACACUUCUUCAAAACCUUCGUACUCCUACAAUGGCUUUCUCACCCAUGCUAUAUCGGUCUCCUCAAUGGAGGUGGGAGUGGUACCGGAAUCAACAACAACAACAAUGAGCGACAUAUCAAUCUCCAACGUGAGGCCACCAAAAGGGACAAUCGAUCUCUUCUCCGGCACGACAGCGGCUGAGGUGGCGGUGGGAAUUCAAAUGCCGGCGGCCCAACUGAGUCCAAUGGAUAGAGAAGCCCGAGUUCUAAGGUACAGGGAGAAGAAAAAGACAAGAAAGUUCGAGAAGACCAUCCGAUAUGCCUCAAGAAAGGCCUACGCCGAGACUCGGCCCAGAAUCAAGGGCCGGUUCGCUAAAAGAACCGAUGUUGAGGUCCAAUUGGAUAGGAAGUACUCCAACCCCUUGCUGCCGGAUGCUGCGUAUGGGAUUGUGCCUUCCUUUUGAAGAAGAUAUGGACCAAAAACUAUGAAUUUUUCUACUUCUAAUUAGUAAUAAAUACUAGUAAUUAUAGGUGAAUUUUAAUUUAAACUUUUUUUACAAAAAUUUAUUAUAGCAUUUGUCUUCCGUGUAUAUGAAUUUUGUAUUCUCUGUAAUUACCUUUCAGAAUUCAGAUAUAUUGUUUUUGGCUGUC